UGCCGGUCUCCCCCCCCCACUCCCUUCCCAGCGCAGAGACGGCAGCGCGGCGCUGCCGAAGGCUCGACGGAGCCGCUGCAAACGAGGCUCCGGGUGCGCCUCCCAGUUAAUGAAUAGGAAACUCCUGUCUUUGCUGCUUAUUUUUCUGGCCUCCUCUAUACAUGAAAGCUGUGGGAAUGUUAAAGAGAAAGCAAGUUUCAACUAAGUAUCCUUCCAUCUCUUUGCUUUGAUCUGCAGAUGAAGACCUAUCUUGGCAGUUUCCAAUUCUUUGAGUGUAGGUCAUGGAACUGCUGGGGGUUAUGAUCUGGAGAUUAGAAGCUGAUGAUACCCAGAUUUAUUUGUCUAUAUUUUCUUCAGAAAAUGGCCAAGUUCCCCAAAUGCCUUUCUGCAGGCAGGAAUGGACUAGAUGAGAGAUAACAAAUGGACAUCGAAUCCAAGUAACACGGUGUCUCUUGUGAACAACUUCAAAGAUGUGGUAGAUCUCUCUGUUCUGAAUGGACUUGAAGGAGGAGAUGUCGAAUAAUCCUUGUAACAGGUAGUAUUCCCUGUACAUUCUGCCUUCAACUGGCAGUCACCUUUUUAAACUAACUUUACCUCAGUUUAAAAAGUGGUAAUUCCUCAUCGAACUAUGGCUGCGGCAAAGAAACGUUCAAGUACCUCCCCUCCCGAUGGCGGAUGGGGAUGGAUGAUUGUGAUUGGCUGCUUCCUUGUUACGAUCUGCACUCGAGCUGUGACCAGAUGUAUCUCAAUAUUUUUUGUGGAAUUCCAGACUUAUUUUGCACAAGAUUAUGCCCGGACAGCUUGGAUCCAUUCCAUUGUAGACUGUGCUACUAUGUUGUGUGCUCCUCUUGGGAGUUUCAUCAGCAAUCAUGUCUCUAGCCAAGUGGGAAUCAUGCUUGGAGGACUCCUUGCAUCUGCUGGAUUUAUCUUGAGUUCCUUUGCCACCACCUUGGAGCAUCUUUACCUUUCCUUGGGCAUUCUUACAGGAUUGGGGUUUGCUCUUUCGUAUUCUCCAGCCGUAGCAAUGGUGGGCAACUAUUUUCACAAGAGAAAAGCCCUGGCCUAUGGAAUCGCCAUGUCAGGCUGCGGCAUUGGGACCUUCAUCCUGGCUCCUGUGGUCCAGCUUCUGAUUGAGCAUUUUUCCUGGCGCGGCGCCUUGCUCAUCCUGGGCGGUUUUGUUUUGAACCUCUGUGUCUGUGGUGCCUUAAUGAGGCCAAUUGCCGGAAAAGAGGACCAGAAGAACAUGCUGGAAUUCUCUGAGCUUGAGCUGGAAGCGCCAAAGCCAGACUUCAAGCAGUGGUCUUUCUGUUCCCCCGUGAUCAAGCUAUGGUCUCACAAGUGGGUGUGCCGCUGCUCGCAGCAGGAGUACAACUUCGUACUGACCCCAGACUUUGUGGUGCUUGCAGUGUCCAUCUUAUUCAUGGCUUACGGCUGUAGUCCACUUUUUGUUUACCUGGUGCCUUACUCGUUAAGUGUCGGAGUCAGCCACCAACAGGCGGCUUUUCUCAUGUCUAUCCUCGGAGUCAUUGACAUCAUUGGCAAUAUUACUUUUGGAUGGCUGACGGAUCAAAGGUGUUUGAAGAAGUACCGUUAUGUUUGCUACCUCUUUGCAGUGGCAAUGGAUGGUCUCUGUUGCCUCUUCCUUCCGGUUCUCCAAAGCUUUCCACUCCUGUUGCCUUUCUCUUUCACCUUUGGCUAUUUUGACGGAGCCUACAUCACUCUAAUUCCUGUGGUGACAGCAGAUGUUGUGGGGACUGCUUCCUUAUCCUCCGCCCUUGGAAUUAUUUACUUCCUUCAUGCAGUCCCUUACCUGGUCAGCCCACCUGUUGCAGGUUGGCUUGUGGAUACAACUGGCAACUACACUGCAUCUUUCCUGCUUUGUGGGUUUUCUAUGGUACUCAGUUCGACACUGUUGUGCUGCGCACGACUGGCCAAGAUCACACCCACGUCCCCAGGACCAGGGAGCAGAGACACUCGGGCCAAACAAGAAAGUUGGACAAAUGGAACCAUAGUUUAUCUGGUAACUGGAGAACUGGAUCAAAGAGAUGAAGAACUGUUGGCUGGGGAGCCAAACAGCCACAGCAAAAGAUGACAGAUGUGCCAACACUCCCCUUUUGCCUAAAACAGAUGUUGCUAAGUCUGCUACACAGUUGUUGUUUUUUUCUCCAAUAGAGGGAGGGAGGAAUCACAGAAUUUUCAUUCAGAAACGUUCUGUCUUCCUAGCAAAUUAAAAAGCCUGUAGUGAACCAAGGCUUCAGUGAUCAUGAUGAUUUUGUAAAUUGUGAUGGGAUUCCAGUACUGUAGUGUGAAGCAAAUGAACUCAAAGUUAGAAACAACUUGUAUUCACAGGGAAAGGAAAGAAAAGACACUGAAACAGGAUGCAGAAAUGGUUCAAAUGAUGUGGUGCAGUUAAGCUCUCUAAUGUCAUUUUUUAGAUCUCUAAAAAUUCUGUCGAGAUGCCUCAGCAUUGUUUGCAAGGAACUGUUAUGAAGAUCCAUGUUUGACAGUGUGACCUGCCUCCUUUUUGUUGAAAAACAAAACAAAACAAGCCUUUUACCUAGAUUUGGAUAUGCAGAUUGAAAACGGACAUUGGAAGGCUGAAGCAUCUCAGAGGUUUCUUUUGCAAAGCAUCUGAAAAUAAUUUGUACUAGUGUGACAACAUUGGAAUGGAAGAUCAUUCAAGCAAUUUGGUACCCCAUGGGCGAAUCUAUGAAUCUAAGUUCUCCCUGGGCCUGAGCAGCCCUGGAAUUCUGCUGCAAUGAUUUAUUUCUGUUCAAAAUUCACUUUCCUGUCUCGAAGUCAUAGAAUUGACUGUCUUUUAUGUGGUUCAUAGAGGCAUGGAUGCUGGCUUGUGCAAUAAUGUCCAGAACACAGCUACCAUAUUACUGCUCUUGCUGGGGAAACAUAAGUUAGUAAUAAAUUUACACCACUUUUAUUGGCAAGAAAAGUCUGUAAUACUCACAUAUAUUUUAUAUGGUGAUUGGGAUUGACUUUUAUCUGAGUGUGGUUGUUUUAAUUCUUGCUUUAUAUAUAAAGAGGUUUAUAGUAGAAUGUA